GUGAAGGCGGAGCCGGUCGCCGAGCCUCGCCCCGAUGCGAUCGCCAAUACUGCGGAUACUGCUCCCCUGGUGAAGCGCGAGGACGAUGGCGAUGCCAAUAUGAAUGGCUCUGCAUGGAACGGCGCCGGUCAUCAGUCGCAUGGUAAUACGCCUGGGGGCGAUGACAACUACGGUCCGAUCAACGUCAAAGAAGAUGGGUAAGUCCAAAUGCUCGGUGGCUGUCACUGCCGCCCACAACUGCAAACUGUUUUUUUUGUCGUUUUGCUUUUUGAUUCUGCGCGUUGGAUUGUGGAUGAUAGUGGUGCUGGUCGGUACUGCGUUCUGGUCGGAGAUGGAGGAGUUUGGAGUAGUGGAAUGAGGGCGGCGGACGCGCUCUCUUGGGCCGUGCUGGACAGCACAUGGACACGAAACUCCGGAGAACCGUACAAGACCCAGGAUGGACGACAUCAUGCAUUGCACCAUACGAAGACAGCGUCACGACAGAAACCGCAGCGCUGUCGGAAGCUGCCGCAGUCGUGCAUCGCUAGUACGACGUCUCGAGGCUGCAAAAAAAGAUGCGAAUUUGGCUGGUGUACGGUCAAGAUGCAAGGACACGGCUCGCUACAUGUUACCGUGGCAGCAGCACUUCAGGAGUCGAUUGACACAUUCGAGAACCCGGGCACAUUUGGGAAUGUGACAGAAAGACCCAAACCCGACGACUCUACUAUAUCAGAUCGCCGAACAGCAGCCUGUCGCGAAGGAUUAGCGCGGCUUGCCGUCAGAUGUGGCAGCGCCUUGUGUCGAUACAUACCUAGGUACUUGUUAGCGCGUACCAGCAUGGAGGCUGAGGGUAGUCUAUCGAGCUUCGGACGGUCAGUCCACUCCAUAGCAAAACACAGACGCUUCAACCGAACCAUUUCUGUGCCUUUGCAGGGCUGCUUGUCCCUGGCUGCUGGAAUGGCCAUGAAGUUGGUCUCCCGUACGAGCCGCUGGCCUGGUUCUGGGACAUGCCACUUGCGCGGCGAGCCGACAGAUUUGGAUGCGGCAUGUGUAGCCGCGUUCUUCCCGACAUCUCAUUCGCUUACCGCCCUUCGCGGCUGCGGACGUCGACAAACACAAAAAAGAAGGCAAGACGUUGAGGACCACGAUGGAACAUUGCUCUAUCCCCGCUCUGAGCUUCGUUCGCAAAGGCUUCGUACGCUCCCAUGAUUCGGAACGUCUCCCACGUCCGAGGUCAAGCAUCAGACCAUGGAGCCGCGAGCCCCCGCCAGACCAAUGUCUAAGUCAAGCCAAUCUCUCUCAGGACGACAUCUGCUCUGCCGAUUCCCGAUUCGCGAUCUUCGAAUAUCCAUAGAGUCGGAUGUGCACUCGCGCCGGGCCGCUGCAUGCACGCCCUGGAACGCUACUUCGCCACGCGCCGAUUUGACAAUA